AUGUCGGCCGCUUCCACAUCCAGCGCCGGCUACAAGAUGGAGCCUGGCGCGCUCACCUCCAACUUCAGCGUCGGUGACUAUGCACGCUUCUUUGCAUCGGGCGCGCUCUGCGCCACCAUCACCCACGGCGCCAUGACCCCCGUCGACGUGGUCAAGACCCGCAUCCAGCUCGAGCCCAAGGGAUCCAAGGCCUCCAUGCUUUCGAUGGGUCGCCAGAUCAUCGCCUCCGAGGGUCCUGCCGGUCUCCUCACCGGCUUUGGCCCCACUGCAGUCGGCUACCUCAUCCAGGGCGGUGCCAAGUUCGCCGGCUACGAGUUCUUCAAGAAGAAGGGUGUCGACCUUGCCGGCAGCCACGAGGCUGCCCAGCGCUAUCGACAGGCGAUCUACCUCGGUGGCGCAGCCGCCGCGGAGCUCAUCGCCACCACCCUUUUGACGCCUCUCGAGGCAGCUCGUAUCCGCAUGGUCUCCGAACGAGGCUACGCCAAGGGUCUUGUCUCGGCUAUCACCCGCAUGGGUGCCGAGGAAGGCAUUCGCGGCUUCUAUGCUGGAUACGCACCGAUUCUCUGCAAGCAGAUCCCUUACGCCAUUGGUCAAUUCGUCACCAACGAGUGGGCACACACCGUCGCCGACUCCACCAUCUCGAAAGAAGACCGCGCCAAGUACGGCAAGGCUGGCGAGGUCACCAUCCAACUCGGAUGCGGUAUGGUCGCCGGUGUUGCCGCCGCAGUGCUCUCACACCCUGCCGACACGCUCCUCAGCAAGAUCAACAAGGGCGGAGGAGGUCAGGGCAGCGCCAUGACCAAGCUCAUCCGUCUGGCUGGCGAGACCGGACCUGUCGGAAUCUGGGCAGGCCUCGGCACUCGUGUGCUCAUGACAGCGUUUUUGGUCUCUGGACAAUUCCUACUGUAUGCACAGGUGGGCCAGCUCAUCGGCAAACCACCUGGUAUCGAGAUCCGCUCGGACAGCGAGAAGGCACAGUAG